AUGCAGCGCCGCGUGCGUUGCAGUGCCAUCAAGAGCUUGCAGGAACAGCUCAGGAACAAGGAGCGCUCCGCGGUGGAAAUCGCCGAGGAGUUCUUGAAGAGGAUCGCCGCGACCGACAACCAAGUGCGCGCAUUCAUCACGGUCGACGAGGAGGGCGCGAGGAAAGCGGCGGCGAAGAUCGACGAAGCCAUCGCGGCGGGAGCGAACCUCGGACCGCUGGCGGGGAUCCCGGUCACCAUCAAGGACAACAUCUGCGUGCGCGGCCUUCCGACGACGGCAGCAUCCCAGAUUCUGAAAAACUACCGGCCCACCCACGACGCGACCGCGGUCCGGAAGCUGUUGGACGCGGGGGCCGUCCCGCUGGGGAAGACCAACAUGGACGAGUUCGGAAUGGGGUCCUCGACGGAGAACUCGUCCUUCCACGUCUCCUACAACCCCUGGGACGUGUCGAGAGUGUCCGGGGGAUCGUCGGGCGGGUCUGCAGCGGCUGUGGCGGCGCAGCAGUGCGUUGCAUCGCUAGGUAGCGACACGGGGGGGUCGAUUCGGCAGCCUGCGUCGUUCUGCGGCGUCGUGGGCAUCAAGCCCACGUACGGACGUGUGUCGCGAUGGGGCCUCGUGUCGUACGCGUCGUCCCUCGACACGAUCGGUCCGCUCGCGGCCACGGUGGAGGACGCCGCCAUCGUCCUCGACGCCAUCUCGGGCGUAGACCGGUUCGACGCGACCUCGGCGGACACGGCGGGCCCCUCGACGGCGGCCGGACUGCUCUCCGUCGACCAGCUCGGCAGCGCGCCCCUGAAGGGCAAGAGGCUCGGCCUCGUCAGGGAGGCUCUGGGGGAGGGAGUGGACCCGGGCGUGGACGCAGCCGUCCGCGCCGCCGCCGCGCACAUGCAGUCUCUCGGCGCAGAGGUCGAAGAGGUCUCGCUCCCGAUUUUCGACAAGGGGCUGCCUGCGUACUACGUGAUUGCGCUCUCCGAGGCGUCUUCGAACCUGUCCCGCUACGACGGGGUGCGCUACGGAAGCCAGGCGGACGCGGAGGACCUGCGCGGCCUGUACGGCGCGUCCCGGGAGGCGCUCGGCGCGGAAGUACGCCGCCGCAUCCUCAUGGGGACCUACGCGCUGUCCGCCGGCUACUACGACGCGUACUACAAGCAGGCACAGCAGGUCAGGACCAGGGUGCGCGGCGAGAUCAACGACGCCCUGCAGGCGUUCGACGCCCUCAUCAUGCCGUGUGCACCCACCCCUGCGUUCCGCGUCGGCGAGAAGACGAAGGACCCCCUGAGCAUGUACAAGGGCGACCUGAUGACGGUCAACGUGAACCUCGCAGGCAACCCCGCGAUCUCGGUGCCGUGCGGCUUCGUCGAGGAGGGCGGCGUGCGGCUGCCCGUGGGCCUGCAGCUGAUCGGCCGGCAUAUGCAGGAGGCGGACAUCAUCAGCACCGCGGACGCGUACCAGAAGACGGCGAGUCUCGAUCUCGCGCUGCCGACCUUGUGA